UUCAUUUUGGAUAACGUGUCCCAAUCUUCCAAAUAUCCUGCACUCCAUGAAAGCAGCGCAUCCCGCUCAUCACUGCUCCUGCUCUCCCUUCAUACGCCUAAACGCACUAUUACUACUCUUCACUGAUUUCAUUUCCAAUUCCAAUACAAAAUGACAGUGUCGGCCAAUGGACGGUUAUCGCUCUCUGCCGCCAGCCAGCUACCUAGCACCGUGGCAUUGACUGCUGGGAGGAAUUGGAGGCUUGUCAAAUUUUGCAAUGGAGAGUUGAUGGGUAAGAAGGUUAACAUGACCCGAAGAUAUCAAGGGGUUAAUAAAAAGAAUGUCAAGCAAAAUAUUUGCAUGUCACUUACUGCUAAUAUAGCAGGGGAGUCCAAGCUAAGGGACCUAGAGCUGGAAAGGCGGGACCCAAGGACAGUUGUGGCAGUUAUUCUGGGAGGAGGAGCUGGUACUCGUCUUUUCCCUCUCACCAAGCAACGUGCCAAGCCUGCAGUUCCAAUUGGAGGUGCAUACAGGCUAAUUGAUGUGCCAAUGAGCAACUGCAUUAAUAGUGGUAUCAACAAAGUGUACAUUCUCACCCAAUUUAACUCGGCGUCACUUAACAGGCACCUCUCCCGUGCUUACAACUUUGGCAAUGGGGUCAACUUUGGAGAUGGCUAUGUUGAGAUACUGGCGGCCACACAAACUCCGGGAGAGGCUGGUAAGAGAUGGUUCCAAGGGACUGCAGAUGCAGUGCGACAAUUUCACUGGCUUUUUGAGGGUGCAAGAAGUAAGGUGAUUGAGGAUGUGCUGAUUCUAUCAGGGGAUCACUUGUAUCGGAUGGACUAUAUGGAUUUUGUUCAGAACCAUCGGCAGAGUGGUGCAGACAUCACCAUUUCUUGCCUUCCUAUAGAUGAUAGACGUGCCUCAGAUUUUGGUCUAAUGAAGAUAGAUAAUAAAGGAAGGAUUCUGUCCUUCAGUGAAAAGCCCAGGGGACAAGAAUUGAAAGCAAUGGCAGUAGAUACAACAGUUUUGGGACUUCCAAGAGAGGAGGCUGAAAAGAAACCAUAUAUUGCCUCCAUGGGAGUUUACGUCUUCAAUAAGGAGAUACUUCUGAACCUUCUGAGAUGGCGUUUUCCAACUGCAAAUGACUUUGGAUCAGAAAUAAUCCCUGCCUCAGCUAAAGAGUUCUUCAUAAAGGCUUAUCUCUUCAAUGAUUACUGGGAAGAUAUAGGAACUAUCAGAUCUUUCUUUGAAGCAAACCUUGCCCUCACUGAGCAUCCACCAAGGUUUAGCUUCUAUGAUGCAGCAAAACCAAUAUAUACAUCAAGAAGAAACCUACCGCCUUCAAAGAUCGACAAUUGCAAGGUUGUGGACUCAAUCAUAUCCCACGGAAGUUUCUUAACAAAUUGCUUCAUAGAACACAGCGUCGUUGGUAUCAGAUCCCGAAUAAAUGCUAACGUUCACCUAAAGGAUACAGUGAUGGUUGGAGCUGACUUUUAUGAAACUGAUGCAGAAAUAGCAGCACUUUUAGCUGAGGAUGGAGUUCCUAUUGGGAUAGGAGAGAACACUAAAAUCAAAGAAUGCAUCAUUGACAAAAAUGCUAGAAUAGGGAAGAAUGUUGUUAUUGCCAACUCGGAGGGUGUACAAGAGGCUGACAGAUCCUCAGAAGGGUUCUACAUCCGAUCCGGAAUCACCGUCAUAUUGAGAAACUCAGAAAUUAAAGACGGUUUUGUUAUAUAAAUGAAAUUAUCCAUUAUCCAUUUUUGUUGAUCCGGACGGAAUCAAGAAGUUAAAACUAGUAUGAUAAGAAUCCAUGUUUGUUAAUAGAUACACUAUUAAUGCAACCCAGCCUCACAGAAGUGAGAAGAAAAACAACUUGUUUAAAA